AUGGUUGAGUUAAUUUUGGGAACAGAGGCAGCCAAGAAAAUGAAGGAUGUGCCUUUGUCCAAUAAUGUCACUGGAGGAAGAGUUGAAGAUAUGAGUUGCGACAUCUUGGACCAAAUUGUAGAGGAGAUUCAAGCAAGUCCUACCCGCAUUAGUCUGCAGUUGGAUGAAUCAACUGAUGUUUCCAACCUAAGUCAACUGAUUGUGUAUACCCGUUACAUCAAAGAUGGUGAGAUUAAAGAUGAAUUCCUCUUCUGUUUGGCUUUGCAGACAACGACUAAAGCAGCAGAUGUAUUCCGACUCUUGGACGAAUUCUUUCAAAAGCAUCAGAUCAAGUGGGAGAAGGUAGGAUCAUUCUGCACAGAUGGUGCCCCAGCCAUGCUGGGGGAUAAGUCUGGAUUUGCUGCUCUAGUGAAGGAGAGGGUACCAGACAUCAUUACGAAGCACUGUGUACUCCAUCGCCAUGCUUUGGCGGUAAAGACAUUGCCAUCUCAUUUCAAAGAAGUUCUGUCCGUCUGUGUUAAAGUUGUCAAUUACAUCCGGGGACGUGCUUUAAACCACAGUGUGUUCAAGUUAUUUUGUGAGGAGAUGGGAAGUGAACAUCAGGUGCUUCUCUUCCACACUGAAGUGCGAUGGCUCUCCCGUGGAAAAAUGCUGACACGUAUUGCAGAGCUCGCUGAUGAGAUUGCAAUAUUUCUCCGAGAGUAUCACAGUGAUUUUGCUGAAAAUUUUGAGGACGAAAUUUUCAUUCUCUCCCUCUCCUACCUGGCAGACAUUUUCGGUCAUCUGAAUGAUCUCAACUUGUCCAUGCAAGGCAUGUUUGCUAAUAAUAUCACUGUGGAAGCGUCGAAUCCAGGGAGGAAAUGUGGGAAGCUUUCCUAUCCUGGAUGA